AAAAAAAAAAAUACUGUCUCUGGAGAAUAUUGGAUACUAGCAGAAAAGUUCUGAGGAUAUUUGCUUCACUGUGGUAUGAAGCCAAGCUUUCCCUGCUUUUAGCAGAUUGGCAUUUCCUAGAUAAGAAGUGGCCUCUGCGCAGGAUGUUUUUUGAGUGAAAGUGGAGGCUAGAAACCUUUCAUCUGUACUUUGAGAAUUCUAGAUUUCAGCAGCUACCUUAGAAAGGGAAAAGGAAAAGUCAAGGUAGGGCUACCAUUAGCUCUGGAAAGUGCCCCCUGUAGAAUUGGGCAUGGCUGAAACAGUCCACUGAAGGGGCACCUGAGAGCUCAUCACUGACCCCUCUCUCCUGGGCCGAUAUGGAAACAGAGGGAAAGGCUGCAGCGUACAACCCUCCUAAAGCACACCACGGGCCCUUCACAGGCUACCACAGCUCUUCCACUUCCACUGCAGGGGACCCUCCUCACCUGGCCACUCAGUGAAGGGAGUAUCUGCCCUGUUCUUUAAAGAGAUUUGAGCACCUCACAGCACCUGAUUCAGAAAGUCCAUCUUUUCUCCCCUUUUCUCCUUCUCAAGGUACAGAUCAUUCCCUCCCCAGACAGGGGAGAAGGGAAGAUAAGCAGGAGUCCAUAAAUUUACCACACCAUUCCUCCUCCCCAUUCCCCUAUCUUUCAAGGGAAACUGAGUUGCUCAGACCCAGCUGAUGCAGUUAAUUGACUAAGCAGUGCUUGCCCCAAGUUUUCUGGGACUGUGAAAUGUUUAAAGGAAUCUUAGAGAAAAGGAUUCAGGGAUAGGCAGCCCAAAGUUUUACGGCCCCUCCCACCCCCAAAUUCUUAGAAUCAGAAAAUGUAGUUUUCCAAAGUAGGUCAGUUUGUCAGUGAGCAGCUCCUCUGAAAGGGAAGGGAGCAGAGGCCUUGUCCUGAUAGAGGGCGGAUUCAUCCAGGGCUGUGGGCUGCUGGGGCCCCUGGGGCACAGGAGGGAGGGGAGGUGGUGAGGGUGUACCGGCCUUUUUGCCUGGGAGAGCAACACUAGCCUGACACCAGGCUGGGCCCUCUCACUGCUGGGAAGGAGGGGGCUGUCAGUCCUCAGAUCUACAGUGCAACCUCCUUGGAAGGGGGGAGAGACAGAAAGAGUGCCUGAGUUUGCUGGGGAGGGGCUUUCUGCUGAUCUGAGAGCCUUGAAGCUGCUCGUGUCCUGGGCCCCAUGACCUCUGGGGCCUUGGCUUCCCCAGCUGGCAGAGGAUUGGGCCUUCCCUGGGGGCCCCCCUUUUCUCCCUCCCACCCGCAGGCCCAUCCAUCUCUCUCUCUCUCUCUCUCUCUCACACACACACACACACACACACACACAGACACUCUCUCUUGCCUCUCUCAGGCAUUUGUUGUGCAGUUCUUCUUUGUCUGCUGGGCACGAGGGCAACGGCAUCUGCCUCUCCCUCCUUGUGCACACCCCCACCCCCUUCACUGUCUUGGAAAAGGGAUGCUGUAGCCUAACAUCCCCUACAAUACACACACAGACAUUCUCUCCAGCCCCCUCCUCAAGAACAUCCAAGCUCUCUGUUUUUCUCUCCCUCCCUCCCUCUCUCUCCCUCUCUCUCUCUCUCUCUCACACACACACAUAUAUACACACACACUCAACACACAUACACCCUGGGCUGAGCUGUUCUUGCUGGCUGCAGCCGUGGGCCCCUGCUCACCGUGCCGCUGCCGCUGCCUGCGAAAUGACGGCGGUUCCCCUCACUUCCAGGAAUCCACGCUUCCUGGAAGGUGAGUGGCUGGGCUCACCCCUGCCUGCCACCGAGACGCAGACAUGCACACACCACCCGCACUCCCUCGCCGUUUCCAAGGCGGCGGCCGCGUUCGCACCCCAGGGUCUCACCGGCAAGGGAAGGAUAAUGUAGCGGGGACUCAUCUCUGGAGAAGGAGUUCCUUGGGGCCCCAGUGGGGCCCUCGGUGAGCACCCCCAACAGCCAGCACUCUUCUCCCAGCCGCUCACUCAGUGCCAACUCCAUCAAGGUGGAGAUGUACAGCGAUGAGGAGUCGAGCAGACUGCUGGGGCCAGAUGAGCGGCUCCUGGAAAAGGAUGACAGUGUGAUUGUGGAAGACUCGUUGUCGGAGCCCCUGGGUUACUGUGAUGGGAGUGGGCCAGAGCCUCACUCCCCUGGUGGCAUCCGGCUGCCGAAUGGCAAGCUCAAGUGUGAUGUUUGCGGCAUGGUCUGUAUCGGACCCAACGUGCUCAUGGUGCACAAGCGCAGCCACACUGGUGAAAGGCCCUUCCACUGCAACCAGUGUGGUGCCUCCUUCACCCAGAAGGGGAACCUGCUGCGCCACAUCAAGCUGCACUCUGGGGAGAAACCCUUUAAAUGUCCCUUCUGCAACUAUGCCUGCCGCCGGCGUGAUGCACUCACUGGCCACCUCCGCACACACUCGGUCUCCUCUCCUACAGUGGGCAAGCCCUACAAAUGUAACUACUGUGGCCGGAGCUACAAACAGCAGAGUACCCUAGAGGAGCACAAGGAGCGGUGCCACAACUACCUACAGAGUCUCAGCACUGAAGCCCAAGCUUUGGCUGGCCAACCAGGUGACGAGAUACGUGACCUGGAGAUGGUGCCAGAGUCCAUGCUGCACUCAUCCUCUGAUCGGCCAACUUUCAUUGAUCGUCUGGCCAACAGCCUCACCAAACGCAAGCGUUCCACACCCCAGAAGUUUGUAGGCGAAAAGCAGAUGCGCUUCAGCCUCUCGGACCUCCCCUAUGAUGUGAACUCGGGUGGCUAUGAAAAGGAUGUAGAGUUGGUGGCACACCAUGGUCUGGAGCCUGGCUUUGGAGGUUCCCUGGCCUUUGUGGGCGCAGAGCAUCUGCGUCCCCUCCGCCUUCCACCUACCAAUUGCAUCUCAGAACUCACGCCUGUCAUCAGCUCUGUCUACACCCAGAUGCAGCCCCUUCCUAGUCGACUGGAGCUUCCAGGGUCCCGAGAAGCAGGUGAGGGACCCGAGGACCUGGCUGAUGGAGGUCCCCUCCUCUACCGGGCCCGAGGCCCCCUGACUGACCCUGGGGCAUCCCCCAGCAAUGGCUGCCAGGACUCCACAGACACAGAGAGCAACCACGAAGAUCGGGUUGGGGGGGUGGUAUCCCUCCCUCAGGGUCCCCCAUCCCAGCCACCUCCCACCAUUGUGGUGGGCCGGCACAGUCCUGCCUACGCCAAAGAGGACCCCAAACCACAGGAGGGGUUAUUUCGGGGUACCCCAGGCCCUUCCAAGGAAGUGCUUCGGGUGGUGGGUGAGAGCGGUGAGCCCGUGAAGGCCUUCAAGUGUGAGCACUGCCGCAUACUCUUCCUGGACCACGUCAUGUUCACUAUCCACAUGGGCUGCCAUGGCUUCAGAGACCCUUUUGAGUGCAACAUCUGUGGUUACCACAGCCAGGACCGGUACGAAUUCUCUUCCCACAUUGUCCGGGGGGAGCAUAAGGUGGGCUAGCAACCUCUCCCUCUCCCCUCAGUCCACCACUCUACUGCCCCACCUACAACAGGUGUCUAUCCCUGUUCCCACAUCCCAAGUUUUGCUUUGUAGCCCCCACCACUGGCUACCUAACUUCACAUCUGACCCUGACUCCUCCUCACCUGUGCUCCUUCACUCCCCUGACCAAUUUACGCAUUGUGAUGAAACAGGUCUUUUGCUUGUUUCUCCUUUUUCUCUUCCCUUCUCAUCACAGCAUACUUACUGAGUUAUUUAUUAAUUAGUUGAUUUUUCUUUUGCUUUUUUUUUCCCAUCUAUGUCACUCACUUGCCACUCCCCCACCCCCCUGCCCACAGCCCCCUUCCAUGUUAGGCCUAAUUUUUCUCUUUGAUCCAGUGUCCUCCAACAGCCCCAGGGUAGGAAGCCCCUCUUAGUACUUACUAAGAGAUCUUGAGCUUCUUGCUUUAAGUCCUCACCUUCUACAUUAUCUAAUUCUUCAGUUUUGAUACUGAUACCUCCCUCUGGCCCUACCUUAGCUCUGUGGCAUUAUAUCUCCUCUCUGGGACUCUUCAACCUGGUACUCCAUACCUCUUGUGCCCUCUCACUUUAGGCAGCUUGCACUAUUCUUGAAUGAAUGAAGAAUUAUUUCCUCAUUUGGAAGUAGGAGGGGCUGAAAAAUUCUCCCCAGGCACUGUGGGACUGAGGGU